AUGUAAGUUCCGGUCACGGCUAACUUCCGAGGCAGACGCGGAAGUGCAGGGAGGCACCGGUAGCUGGGUUUGGUUGCAGGAUUUGUGGCCGAGCCCUGCGCCUCGUGAAUGUUCUAGAGAGGUCGAUUCCUAGCGGCCGGCUUCCACCAGCCCAGACCAGACGUAGCCGGCGCUAGGGGCCACUCCUUGGCCGAGGAGCUGAUGCCGGCCGCUCCCUGGAGCCCCCGUAGCGGGGCCGGACCAUGAGCCUGCUGGGCGGCCUGGCCUCCUCGCCGCGGGCCCCGCUGCAGUCCGGCAAGGCCAGGAUGAAAAAGCUCCCGAAGAAGAGCCAGAACGAGAAGUACCGGCUCAAGUACCUGCGGCUGCGCAAAGCGGCCAAAGCCACGGUGUUUGAAAAUGCUGCUAUUUGUGAUGAAAUUGCUCGUCUUGAGGAAAAGUUUCUUAAAGCUAAAGAAGAAAGACGGUACUUGCUAAAGAAGCUCCUUCAGCUCCAGGCUCUAACUGAAGGGGAAGCACAGGUUGCAGCUCCUUCCCACAGCUCCAGUUUGCCCCUGACUUACGGUGUGGCCAGCUCUGUGGGAACUAUCCAGGGAGCUGGGCCGCUUUCUGGGCCUAGCACUGGAGCUGAGGAACCAUUUGGAAAGAAAUCCAAGAAGGAGAAAAAAGAAAAAGGCAAAGAGAACAACAAACUGGAAGUUCUGAAGAAAACAUCCAAGAAAAAGAAAAUGGAGACAGGUGCUCGCAAGCUGGUUCGGCCCGUUGCCCUGGACCCCUCAGGACGGCCUGUGUCCCCCGUCGGACUGGGGGGUCUGACAGUGUAUAGCCUGGGGGAGAUCAUCACCGACCGACCUGGCUUCCAUGACGAGGGUGCCAUCUACCCUGUGGGCUACUGCAGUACUCGGGUAUACGCCAGCAUGAAGAGCCCAGACCAGGAGUGUCUGUACACCUGUCAGAUCAAGGACGGUGGCACACAGCCUCAGUUUGAAAUUGUUCCUGAAGAUGACCCCCAGAAUGCCAUUGCCAGCUCUUCUGCAGACGCCUGUCAUGCAGAACUGCUCGAGACCAUAAGUGCUGCUAUGGGGAAACUAAUGCCCAACGUGCAUCCAUCUGGAGCCGACUUUUUUGGGUUUUCUCAUCCAGCCAUCCACAACCUGAUCCAGAGUUGUCCAGGAGCUCGAAAAUGCGUCAAUUACCAGUGGGUGAAGUUCGACGUGUGCAAACCUGGAGACAGUCUGCCGCCCCAAGGACAGCUAGAGAAUGAUGCAGCUACAAGCUUUGAAGCCUUUCAGAGACAGACCUUCCAUAAAGAUCAUAAUGAUCCCAUUCUACAAGGAUCCUUGGACCUCCCAGAGCUUCAGCCUACAGCCUUUGUGUCUUCUUAUCAACGCAUGUUCCUGACACAUGAACCCUUGGUAGAUACUCACCUACAGCACUUGAAGUCUCCGUCGCAGUGUAGCCCAACUCAGUCUUCAGAUUGAACAGGAAGGGAUCGAAGACCACAUCAUUUUCAUCAGGAUGGAUUUUUUAUCUUAAACUAAAACUUAAGACUAUAUGGAAGAAGGCAGCGACUCAAGUGAAGAAGAUAGUAAAUUAACAGAUUUUGUCGCGGAGGUUCCCAUGGUGACAGCUUUCCUGGGAAAAACUUCAGCUGCUUUAUUUUUAGUAAUAAAUUUUUCUUGACAGUUCUG